AUGAAGUUCACGCUCGCUUCCCUCGCCCCUUUACUUCUCGUUGCUCUCCGUGGCGCAUUAGCUUCUCCUCUAUUGGAAGGCUCACUAGUUGGCUCGGACGAUACUUGCGGCAAAACAUGCUCUGUGCAGUCGGAUUGCAGUGGAACUUGCAGUUUCUGUUCUACUCCGGCUGAAUACCGAUGGGCUUGCAAAGAACCCUAG